AUGCGGUUUGUAAGCCCCUGGGAGGCGGCUUCCAGGCUCGGUAGCAUCCUGCUUAUCGCCAGCACCGUCUCUGCACUGGUAACGACUGCCAGCUCGGUCGACACUUACGACUAUGUGGUUGUCGGCUCCGGUCCUGGGGGUGGUCCAUUGGCCGUCAAUUUGGCCCGAGCUGGUUUCAGGACUCUCUUGCUCGAGGCUGGCGACGACGACAGUGCUGCUAUGAUCACGAACGCUAUUGCGUUGACAAACACCGCAGAUACCACUGCCCUGACUUGGACCUAUUGGGUUCGUCAUUACGACGAUGUGGAAUUGACGAUAAAGUACCAACAUCUUACCUGGAGGCUUCCAAACGGAAAUUUGUGGGUUGGUCCAGGCAGCUCUGCACCUGCGGGAGCAGAGAUUGUUGGUAUCCAAUAUCCCCGUGGCGCUACACUCGGAGGAUCGUCUAUUGUCAACUCGGCUCUGACUGUCCUUCCCGCCAACAGCGACUGGGACUAUAUCAAAAACCUCACAGGCGAUGACUCAUGGAAUGCUACUCAUAUGGGGGAACUGUUCAUUAAAUUAGAGAAGAAUCAAUACCGCCCACGUGGUACCCCAGGCCACGGCUUCGACGGAUAUCUUGAAACAGUUUUGGGUAACGGCACCGUCUUUCUCUCUUCACCUCAAGCAACUGAAGUUCUCAAGGCCAUGGCCGCCGAGGCGGGCCAAGAUCCCGAGGACCUGGCAAACAUCCUGAAUAUUGACCCUAACCAAGUCUUGAACCCCGACCGAGACCAGAUUACAGGACUAGUGGGAGCGCCUCAGCAUGCCAAUACCACCUGGGCUCGCUACAGCUCGAGGACACGAGUGCUCGAUACCUUGCGCGCCGUUGACGAGAAAGGCAAUAAGAAGUACCGUCUAGAGGUCCGCCUCAAUUCAUACGCUACCAAGGUCCUCUUUGACAAGCCUCAAGGGGGCUCAGUACCUCGCGCCAUUGGUAUCGACUACCUAGAAGGCAAAAGCAGCUUUCAGGGUGACCUCCGCUAUAAUUCAACUGUCAAGAAGACGUCACGCCGAGUCUAUGCUCGAAAAGAGGUUAUUCUCAGUGGUGGAUCAUUCGGUUCGCCUCAGCUGUUGUUACUCAGCGGCGUUGGACCAGCUGCAGACCUCAAGGCCCUGAAGAUCCCGGUCGUCGCUGAUCGACCAGGGGUUGGCCGUAACAUGCAAGACCACAACGAAAUUGCCGUUAUUGGACACGGUGCCCAGGCCUUCGAUUUCUCUGCUGCUCCUGGCGGUCCUCGCUCCCAGUGCACCUUUGGGGCUCCUGGCGACCCAUGUCUUGCACUUUACCGUCAGGGCCAGGGACCAUAUGUUCAGCCUAGUCUCAUGCAAAUGGCCUUCCUCAAGACUAAUCACACCACCAACGACGAGCGUGACAUUGCCAUCUUCCCGGGUUCUUUUGGAUUCCGUGGCUUUUGGCCCCGGAACACCGGGCAAUCGUGGGAUGAUCCCCCCACGACCUGGGGCAUGCACAGCGUCCAUAUACAUGGGAACAGUACGGCUGGAUACCUCAAGCUUCGCUCGGCCGAUCCGACCGUGACGCCUGAAAUCAACUUUCGACACUUCAACGGCACAGGCGCUGCAGGCGACAUAGCCGCCAUCAAGGAGUUCCUCACUUGGGGUCGCCGGGCUUUCAACCGCGUCCAGGCGCCAUUCGCUCCUUACAAUAUCUCUUGGCCACCUUGCGCAGGCACAGUUGGUGCCGAUGGAAGCUGUUCUGUCGCUAACAAUGACGAAGACUUCAUACGCGAAAAUAUCUUCGGCCAUCACGUCAUUGGCACUUGUUCCAUCGGCCCCAGCUCUGACCAAAACGCAGUCUUGGACUCCAAGUUCCGUGUACGUGGUGUUUCUGGCCUGCGAGUCGUGGAUGCCAGUGCUUUCCCUAGGUCUCCUGGCGCUUUCCCGGUUAUUGGGGUCUAUAUGUUGAGCGAGAAGGCUUCGGAAACCAUCCUCUUGGGCCAUUAG